GGAGAGGAAGAAGAAAUCUGUUGGGUUUGUCUACUUGAUUCACAGGACCUUCAGGACCUGAUAGGUAGUGGUGCUACAGCAGUUGUCCAGGCAGCACUAUGCAAACCCAGGCAGGAACGUGUAGCAAUAAAGAGGAUCAACUUAGAAAAAUGCCAAACCAGUAUGGAUGAAUUACUUAAAGAAAUUCAAGCAAUGAGUCAAUGUAAUCACCCCAAUGUGGUGACCUAUUACACAUCUUUUGUGGUGAAGGAUGAACUGUGGCUGGUUAUGAAGCUAUUAAGUGGGGGUUCAAUGCUUGAUAUAAUAAAGUAUAUUGUCAACAGAGGAGAGCACAAAAGUGGUGUCCUUGAGGAACCCAUAAUAGCAACUAUUCUUAAAGAAGUUUUGGAGGGCUUAGACUAUCUACAUAGGAAUGGGCAAAUUCACAGAGAUUUGAAGGCUGGCAACAUUCUUCUGGGUGAGGAUGGCUCUGUACAAAUAGCAGAUUUUGGUGUUAGUGCAUUUUUAGCAACUGGAGGUGAUGUUACUCGUAACAAAGUAAGGAAAACAUUUGUUGGUACUCCCUGUUGGAUGGCCCCUGAAGUAAUGGAGCAGGUGCGAGGAUAUGACUUCAAGGCUGAUAUGUGGAGUUUUGGGAUAACAGCCAUUGAGUUAGCAACAGGAGCAGCACCUUAUCACAAAUACCCCCCUAUGAAAGUGUUAAUGCUGACGCUUCAAAAUGACCCUCCCACUUUAGAGACAGGUGUAGAGGACAAGGAGAUGAUGAAAAAGUAUGGCAAGUCCUUUAGAAAACUAAUCUCAUUAUGCCUUCAAAAAGAUCCUUCCAAGAGGCCCACAGCAGCAGAACUUUUAAAAUGCAAAUUUUUCCAGAAAGCCAAGAAUAGAGAAUACCUGAUUGAAAAGCUUCUCACUAGAACACCAAAUAUAGCACAGAGAGCAAAAAAGGUCAGACGAGUGCCAGGUUCCAGUGGCCAUCUCCAUAAAACAGAAGAUGGGGACUGGGAAUGGAGUGAUGAUGAAAUGGAUGAGAAGAGUGAGGAAGGCAAAGCUGCUGUUUCUCAGGAAAAGUCACGAAGACUGAAAGAGGAGGAGAACACAGAGUCUCAGCCUGCUGUUAGUGAUGAAUAUAGUGAAGUUCCAUGUGCAGUGAAUCUUGUCUUAAGAUUAAGGAACUCCAGGAAAGAGCUUAAUGACAUACGGUUUGAGUUUACUCCAGGCAGAGACACAGCAGAUGGCGUUUCUCAGGAGCUGUUCUCUGCAGGCCUGGUUGAUGGCCAUGAUGUAGUUAUAG